AUGCUAGGGGGCAUGCGCAAGCAGAAAAAAAGCAGUAUAUUUACGGCGCCAUUUAAUAGCCCAGUGUUAAAGAUGCUACAAGAUCUAAACAAGGAUCUAGAACAAAUGUUAGAGCAAAUGGAAAAGUUAUCAGUUGAUGCUACAUGGAUGGCUCAUGACAUGGUGACUGCACGCAGAAAUCCCGCCCUGGCUAAACAAGCGAAGAGACUCAAUGAAGCUUUUCAGAAGUGCCUUAAUGAGGUGGAGAAAAACUGGAAGGAGAUGCUAGAGGAAUCCAAGCCAGCAUCAAUCAUAGAGUCAGAAUGCUGUAAUGCAAAUACCUGUGUUUUUCCUUCAAACCUAAAAUGA